CAAAGAGUAUAUAACCAGGCUCAGCUAUGUUGGUAGGUACGGUAUCACUUUGUUGUGUGCGGCUCACCAAGAUGAAGAUCAUUGCAGUUUUUGUCUGUCUAUUUGCUGUGGUGUUGGCUGAGGAGGAUGAGGAGCUCUACAGGCGUAUUGUCAACGGUGACAAGGCCACCCUGUACUCCCACCCCCACCAGGCCUCGCUCCAGCUCUACCAGGCACCCUACGGCUGGUACCACAUCUGUGGCGCUGUGCUGGUCGCCCCAAACAAGCUCUUGACCGCUGCCCACUGUCUGGAAGGUCAGCAGGCCAGAAACCUCCGUGUCGAGGUCGGCGCCCUCAACCUGUACGACCCACCCAACGCCUACGAGCAGGUGGUCAAUGUGGCGUCCUUCGUCAUCCACGCCCAGUACAACGGUAACGGCAACGGCAUCCCCAACGACAUCGGCAUCAUCUACCUGUCCAGCUCCGUCACCUACAACAAGAACGUGCAGCCCGCCGCCCUGGCUCCUAAAGGUUCAUCUUUUGCCAACACCCAAUGCGUCAUCACCGGCUGGGGUCGUACUGUUGGAGGGGGCGCCACUGCCCAGACACUGAAGGAAGCUUACAUCACCAAGAUCACCCGUGCUACCUGCAACAACCUGUGGAGCAGAUACGGCCAGACCAUCACAGACAAGCACAUCUGUGUCUACGAGGCCUCAGACCCCGCCGGUACCCGCCCCAGCGCCUGUAACGGUGACAGUGGCGGCCCCAUGAUGUGCGGCUCUGGCUUUGGUCUACUGGCAGGUAUCACCUCCUGGGGAGUCAGCACCUGCAGUGGUGACCUGCCCAGUGUAUACACACGUGUGUCCGAGUACCUGGACUGGUACGCCACCUACCCCUAAACAACACACCCAUCACUGGAGCGUCAUCUGACAACUGAAUGGACUAUGUGUUGUUGUUUCAGAGUUAGAGACUAAAUUAAUAAAGUCUUCAUAAAUUUCA